AGUUGAGUCAUUCGGGUGAGAAUGCCGGUGACUGAACGCCGUUUUCUUAGUUGACUUCUUCACUCAAAUGGCCGCUCUGAUGGACAAGACAACAACUCAAGAUCAGUGCGUUCCUGGUGCUAUCAACUACGUUUUGGAGCAAUGUAUUGAAGAGACUAUCGAGGAAGUGGCGUCCUCCUCAUGCAGCACGGAUGAUGUUCUAGAAAAGCCGAUUAUUCAUAAGACAAGGAAUGAGAAGGAGAAAGAAAAGACAAAUGGAGACACUACAAAAAGCGAUGAAUCUGUAGGAGUGAGAUUGAAGGGUAGUCCUUGUCCAAAACGUCGGAAAAUUGAAGAAACGGAGACAGAAACGGUAGUAUUGCUAUUGCCAGCAGAAGAGGAUCGUGGCAGCAGCUCUAGCGUCAAAGAUGAAUUACACAGCGGAGAAACUGAAUUUCACAACGUUGUUGCUACAGUUCCCAGACGUUGUGAUGAAGCAGUUGUUCCGUCAGACGGACACCAUGAAGAAUAGCCUGAGUACCCGCGUCGUUGACUUCAAAGAGGUUCCUCUAUCUUUUCAUUCCACUUAUUGUAGUUGAGGUCUAUUACAUAUCUGUUAGCGCUUGGAUGCACCAUGUUGUUUGACUCUAGCAGGCAGCCCCUAGCACUAGAAUAGAGGUGUACACAUACUCAGUUUCAAUGUGUCGUCAAACAGUACAGUAGCUUACAAUACAUACUGGGCCCUUAUCCAAAUGACGA